GCGCCGGCCGCCGGCAGUCAACCUCCGACCGCGCCCGCAUGCGUGCACGAUCCCACGAUCGCGACCAAGUGUCAACUGUGCUAAAUGGAACUGACCAGUCAAUGUUAAAGAAACAAAGUUGCGAGGACAUUGCGAAAGAAGUGAACAUGGCGAUACAGAGUGUCUCGAGGUACCCGAGCAGCCCGGCCGAAGCGACCGAGCCCCCGAAGACUUCUCGGAUCAGCUUCAGCGUGGCGUCUAUCUUGGCGGAUACUAAGGCGAACCAAAUCGAUGAGACCGAAGAGAUGAUCAGGCAUCACAGGACGAUCCCGGAGUCUCCGCUGAGACAGUCGCCUUCAGCCCAGCCUGAGUUGCCCGGUGGUAAAUCUUUGUCCCCGAGGCCGUCGUCUCAAACGCCUCCCUUAAAUUUAAACGUAUCGGCAACGGUCACAUCGUCUGACGAAGAGUAUGAAGAUUCGGUCAACCAGGAGGAUUCGAUAGUUGACGUGGAGGAUUUACAAAACGGGACUCAAAGUGAAGAUGAAGAGAGGUCGUCGACAAUGGAGAAGGAGAGGUUAGGAGUGGUGCGGCCGACUCCGUUCAGCGCGCUGGCGGCGGCGGCGGCGGCGUACCACGGGCUCGGUUGGCCGGGACCUCCCUCGGUCGUGCCUUCCUUCGGACCGCUCUUCCAGUCGCAUUUUCCUGUAGGACACUUAACAGAUGCAAACGGAGAGCCUCCGAAACUGAAGUGUAACCUGAGGAAGCACAAGCCCAACCGCAAGCCUCGGACGCCAUUCACCGCCCAGCAGCUCAGGGCCUUAGAGAGCAAGUUCGUCGACAAGCAAUAUCUGAGCAUCGCUGAACGCGCCGAGUUUUCUUCAUCGUUGGGGUUAUCUGAGACCCAGGUGAAAAUCUGGUUCCAAAACCGGCGGGCGAAAGCGAAGCGUGUGCAGGAGGCGGAGAUCGAGAAGCUCAAAAUGGCGCAGUUUUCCCGCCACCCCCACCAUCUGUACCCGCACCCUGCGCUACAGCAGUACUUCCACCCCCACCCGCUGAUGGGGGCGCGCCCCCUCCCCCCCAUGGGGCUGCCGCCGCACCUCAUGGUCCAACCACCUGUCUCCGGCGGAUCACCCUCGCCUAGCACCCAAACUAGCAGUCAACAGUGAACGCAACAUUUAAAAAAUAAACACAAUAAAAACUUAUUUCGAUUAUUUUUACGGCUUUGGAAUACGGGUGGUCCUUAGUCCUUUGAAUUAAAUAAAAAAAAAACUUUAUACCCUGCGAUAUUGUUUGUCAUGCUGACUGUAACCGAACGUCACAAAUUCAAUAUUCGAACUGUAAAUUAUUUGUAAAUAUUAGUAUUAAGACAUUUUAGUUUUAAUUGCAUUAGAUAUUAAUAUUUGUAAUAAAUAAAUUAAAUAUUAUUUAGAAGUUUACCUUUUACCAAAUAAUUUUUGUUUUUCCGAAAUUUUGUAAUAGAUGUGAGUACAAAAUUUGUGUUAACCAGAUCAGAGGACUCGAAUCAGUGUUGGAAUGUAAAAUAUUUUGUGUAGAGAAUUUUUAUCUGUACAUUGUUAUUUCUACUUAUGUAGUAAAAAUAUAUAAUUAUUUCUUUCACAUUGAA